AGCUUUUCUCUGAUUCUUCCCAUGCGCGCCGCCGGGGGUUCGGGUUAGCGCUUCCUUUAGUUAUGACUUCUCUACAAACUACAAGCUAGGGAUUCUCGCGCUUCUCCUUCGCCACAGGGUAAAACAAAAAUGGCGCCGCAAAGAGAUCUCCCUGGGUUCUAUUUCGAUCCGGAGAAGAAUCGAUAUUUUCCCAUCAAAGGUCCACUCCCGGGAUCGAAACGAGCUCGCCCUUUCUCGUCCUCCUCUUCUUCAUCAAAGGAAGGCUCGGCUUCAGGCAAGAGACAUUACUUGCAUCUUGCAAGGAAGAAAGAGCUAAUGGAAUCUUUCAAGUUGCUUCAAUCUAGGGAGAUUCAUGGCGGACUUCUGAUUUCCAAAAAAGGUCCAUAUAGCUUUCAGCAAGAGUACCAGAAUUUGCUAGCUUCUCAUCCAGAGGUAUGGAAGUACAAUGAGACAACCUUUGUUUCUGAUUCUGCACUGGAAGAAAUGCAUGGAGUUGUUCAAACAUCUCAAGGUUUAAAAGAAGCACAUCUUCUAGCAAUGGGUGGCAUUAAUUGCUCCAUAAGUUUAUAUGGGAUAAAAAAUGUUCGACGGCGCAGUGAUUAUGGGCCUAACUACAUGCCGGCACCUGUUUGGCCCUCUUUGAGAGACUCUCAUAAUUGUGCACCUGGGAUCUUUUCAAAUUCAGCAGCAUUUACAAAUCUGCCUUCCAGUAUAUCUUGUAUUAAAAGAAUUGGAAGAAAUACUCCAAAUACAACUGAUAAUAUUUCAUGCUUUCAGCAUGCCUUGGUGACCACUCUUGGUUCAGGUGUUAGUGGUGGAUCUGUCUAUCUUCUGAACCUUAGAGAGCCAUUGAAUUUUAGUGAAAAUUCUUCCCGCUUAAAUAGAAGGAUUAAUAAAGUUUCGUCAUGUGAUUGUACAAUAUGGACUGCUGACACCAGCCAUUGCAGUACAAAAGCAGCAAUCGGAUCCAAUUUUGGAGUGUCUUUGAUCAAUUUAGAGACAGGAAGGUCAUCUCUUUUGUAUCGUUCUAGAAGUGAUGUUCUGUCACAACAGUUUGAUAUUUCUGGAAAUAUUUUGUUAUGUGGUAUUAGAAAUGGAACAAUUCUUGCAAUUGAUGUUAGACAAAGACAACCCAAAUGUUUUGAGGUUUCAGCUAGACGUGCAUCAAGGAUGCAAAAUCCACAUAAAGAACAGCCCAGGAGAAAUUCAAACUCUUCAAAUGCAGUAUUCAUGCCUUCUGCAGUUUGCAGUGUGGUAGCACUUCAAUCUGAUGAGCAAUAUUUCUUCGGCAGUUCAAUGGAUGGAUCACAGUUCAAUGGCCAGAUCUGGCGAGUCGUUUUCACUGCUGUGAUCUAUUAUCACAGCAGUUCAAUGGCCAGAUCUGGCGAAGUUACAGGAUUUUCUAAGUCAUCCACAUCUCAAAUUUCAUAG